AUGUCGAUUUAUUCUAAGGCAUGGAAAUGUGGUCUGGUGACUCCUGUUCCUAAAACGAAACCAGUUAAAGAGCUUAAAGAUUUGAGGCCUAUUACCAUCCUCACGGUUUUGUCUAAAGUGUUAGAGAAAAAUAUGGCGGAGCAACUAAGUUGGGAUUAUUUAAAGUCUAUGUGGAUGCUAAACUCGAUUGCACCACAAUUGGUCAAUGUAGCAGCUGAAGGCAGCGACAAUGAAACUAAGAAUGGCGAUAGCAUGUCAAUUUUUCUGCAACUCAAAGCCACUGCUUCGGCUGAUUUAGAAAUAACCAGCAGUCUUGUUAACCUCUUAGGAAUAGUACAAGUUGGUGUUGGUACUUGCAUAGUUAUUGAUGUUGAUGAAACUUCGAAGACUGAAAAUUCGGUGAUUGAUACUGUCACUGAGAUUUUGACCUUCAAUCCCUACGAGGAAUAUUUGGAGAGGAAGUGUGGGUUAAUGUACCGAAGACAAAAAUUGGAUAUGAAAAGCAAGGGAGCUAUAUUUAUGGGAUAUGCACAGAACACAAAAGGUUAUAGAGUAUAUUUAAUUGAUAAAGAAACUGUGACAAUAGAAAGUGUACCAGAAAGUGAAGAAAGCAACGUGAACAAGGAGACAGAAGAAAUUGUAAGAUUAGAUUUUGAAGUGGAAAACGUAAGUGAGGUAGAGGAGGAUGAAGAGGGAACAGAGGAAAAUGAAGAAGAAGAACGUGAAGAGAGAAAUGAAGUAGAAGACCGUGAAGAGGAAGAAGAAGGAGAAAAAUAUGGUGAUGCUUUACAAGAAGAAAAUGUAGAAGUUAAGAGAGAAGAGAGGCCUAAACAAGAAAUAAAGUUACCGAAUAAAUUUAAAGAUUAUGUCAGUUAUUUUACUGUUGAUCAGGACGAACCCAUAACAUACGAAGAAGCUAUAAACAGUGAGAACGAGUAUGAGUGGGAAAGGCCAAUAAAAAGUGAACUAAAAGCUUUAACAGAUAAUAAAACAUGG